AUGGAGGAUGUUUAUACAAAACAUCCAUUCCCGUCUACCAUAUACUGUGUCAUAGACGCUUUGGACGAGUCUGAAAACACAGGAAACAACCGUAUCGAAAUAAUCGAGCAUUUCAAGAACGUGUUGAAAGCGGUACAGAACAAUCAAACGGGACCUUUGGUUAAAGUAUUGUUUGGAAGCCGACCGAUCAACGAACUUCAAUACAAGCCAUCAGGGGGUAUGAACCGGAUCUCUCUCCAAGAUUACACGAAAACCGAUAUAAGAAAAUACACAAAUGCUCGAUUAAACGGAAAUGUAUUCGAGGAGUGUGGUAUCUCGUUGAGAAAAGAGUUUGAAGACUACAUAUUAGCUACAGCCGAUGGUGUAUUUCUAUGGGUUCGCUUGGUCAUAGCUGAGUUGGAGCAAAAGGUUAGAAAUGGUUCAAGCCCAAGUAAUCUACUCGAACUCCUGAAGAGCCUUCCCAAAGAUCUCGAGAGCUUCUUUGAGCAUAUAUUCCAAGAAAUAAAAAAAGGUAGAGAUGCACACGAACUGAUUAAUGGGGGACGUAUUCUCGGGUUCUGCCUGCUUUCUCAUGGUGCAAUCGAGCUCGGUGAGUUACGUGAUGCUCUUGCGCUCUUCAAUAACAAGACACGAUGCGAUCCGGAUCACACACGGUGGGAGCAGAACAGAUCCGUGAACAUCCGGAAUCUCGUAACUUGUUGCACUAGUAGCCUUGUCGAUAUUAAAGAUAGGAAAAAUGGGUUUGCGGUUGCUCAACUUAUGCAUCAAACGGUGCGAGAAUUUUUAAAAAGCUCCCCUAAGUGUAUGAUUGGAACACCAUUCAACAUCACAGACUAUGGCGAGGUUUCAUGCAUGAUAAGCCUCGCGUGCGUACAGUUCCUCGAGAUCAUGUGUGAGGAAUUGAAGCCUGGAGGGCGAGGUGAUCUAAUUUGCGCAGAGUAUCUGGAAGACAGGCCACUACUAAAGUAUUCUAGUCUCAUUGAAGGGCUUAAGAAUGACCAGGGAUCAAAUGCAUAUAUGCUGUUACGGCGAGUUGUCAAAACCAAGACCCCGAACACUAUGAAGAAUAAAUUAGGAUCUUUACUUCUUGAUGCUACUAAGAAGGGGCAUGCUAUGGCUAUUAGUAACUUGCUUGCAGUCGGUGCGUCUGUUAACUUCACUGGGUCGGGCAGUGAAAGCGCAGCUAUACACCUCGCUGCAAGUGAGGGCCACGAUUCGGCAGCAAUAGUUCUGCUUGGGGGAGGUGCAAAGAUAGAGCUCAAGAACGUUUUCGAUCUCACACCACUUUAUUGUGCCGCAGGAGCUGGUAGAUUGGGUAUGAUGAAGUUACUACUUAGUCACGGGGCAUGGAGGGCUGAAGAGGGACUGUCUCUAGAGGAGUUUGCGGCAGGAAGCGGUCACAUUGAUGUCAUUCGAUGGCUAUUACAUGAGGUUGAUCCGGAUACGAGGGAAAGGCUAUUCGACAUAUAUAACAGGAAGGUUGCUAUAGACAUGGCGUUGUUGGAAGGAUACAAUGAUAUAGUUGCGGAAAUUCUUAAACCCCAUUUGGACUUUUGGGAGGAAGAUCGUUGGGGAUUCAAUACGUUCUGCUUUGCUGCUAUUGGUGGGAAUGAGAGCACAAUAAAGAAGCUACUCGACUUGAUCAGUCCUCCGGAGGUUGAUAAUCAAAAUUAUGACAAAUACAUUCAGCUGGCGAGAAUAUAUGGGAAUAAUUCAGCUCUUGAAUUAUUUACAAAGCUAGGGGAAGCUGCUAAAGCGCCGAACGAAUGCUACCGUGGUGGCGAAAACUUACUUCCCGGACCGGACUGGUUCAACACCGUUGCACCUCGCAGUCGGAAAGAAUAA